AGUGAUCUACCUGUGGUUUGGGACACUCAAUUGCGUCUUAUUUAUCUUCCGUGUUAAUGAAAUGCAUGUUUAUACACUUUUCAAUACAUAAUGUAAAGGUGAUUAGAAUACUAUUAGAACUAUUAAGACACACAAAACUACGAACUUAAUGACAAAUAUCUUCUCGUAUAUGAUGCCAUGAGCAUGUUUGAAGGAUUCGAACUCAUCAUAUUGGCAAGCUGUCUUGGAGGGCUAAUAGUGUUCGCUAUUAUCAUUAUAACCGCAAAGUGGUUGAAACCUGGAGUAUGCCGACGUCGGACAAACGGCCCUGAAGGAAAUGGCCGUUUAGGGCCGUCAAGGUAUCCCCUCUGUUAUCGUUUCCGUCUUUGGUGGUUCCAGCGCAGUUAUCAAAAUCUCAGAGAGGAAAGCUCCCAGGAGCCACCCUCAUACGAUGCUGAAAGUGUUUCGCCGCCAACUUAUGAACAAACCGUGACUAUAAUUAACUCAGAUUUGACCCAAGGUCAGUCAGUAGAUAGUCCUGAUACACAUAUACUAGAUUCGCCAAUCCCCGUGGAAACAAUAGUUGCUCACGAUUUAAUUGCUCAAGAUAGCAGCAUAGACGAUGAUCCCUUAGGUGUGAAUCCAUGUGAUAAUUCAUUUGAUACGACACACGUUCUGGAUCCCAGCUUCAAUGAAAGUGCUGCUGCAUUGCAAGCUAUUGUAAAUGUGAACCGCACAAUAGUUAGCGACGACUCGGACGAUAUUGAGUUGCUAGACCCAUGUGCUGAUGGGAUCCCACUGGCUGAAGCGCCACCCCCGUACUCAAGGUGACACGACUAUCAACGUCAAAACAUACUGCAACGGAUGGGGAAAUAAUCAAAUAAUCGUUUGUUCAGUAGUCAUUUUUCGUUGCGGAUGCACACAUGCCACAUGUAUGGGCUAACAUGAACAUCCAUAAAACGGUUCAAGGUUGACAAAGCGUCAAUUUCUUUGUGAACUUGUUUAAUCAUGCCUGAGGAUUCAUUGUAUGUACCUAUGGUCGUAUUUUAUAUUAUGCUCACAAGUGAUACUGCAAAGAUUAAAAUGAGUUUGCUACUG